GUCAGAGAGAAGAGGAGCUGCAGAUGCCAUGGCCUCAGAUGCAAGUCACAUGUUAGAAGCCGCCUUGGAACAAAUGGAUGAUAUUAUUGCUGGUUCGAAGGCGGUGGCGGAGUUGAGUAACGGGCUGUAUGAUCUGGGCUCUCCGGUGAGUGUCGGGCCCCUGCAGAUCCUCCAGCUGGCAGAAGAGCUGAGGCUGGCACUCGAGCUGCAGGUCGGAGACGAGGAGCGACACUCGCUGCGCUCACAACUGCCCUGCUCCACCGCACACACACUCCUGCACUGGCUGGACAGAGGAGCGCUGAGCCAGGUUAACCACCAGAGCUCAAGCAACAAUGAGACCUAUCAAGAGCGGCUGGCGAGAUUAGAAGGGGACAAAGAGUCUCUGGUUCUCCAGGUGAGUGUCCUCACUGACCAGGUUGAAGCUCAAGGAGAAAAAAUCCGAGAUCUGGAAAGCUCCCUGGAAGAACAUCAUCACAAACUCAUUUCUACUGAGGAAAUGCUCCAGCAGGAGCUCUUCAGUCGAACUUCACUGGAGACUCAGAAACUGGAACUGAUGGAUGAAGUUUCCUAUCUGAAACUCAAGCUGGUCGGCAUGGAGGAGGAACACAACCACGUUGAUGAAGAGGACAAACAUCAUAAAGCAGAGAGCGUGGUUAAUCUAAUUAGUGAACUACAGGAGCAGAUGUGUAAAUUCCAGGAGGAAAUCAGCAAUCGCAUUCAGGAGCAGCGGGCCCUCGAGAGCCUUGGGGACAGUGGCACACGUGAGGCUCUUGACCAGAGCCCCGAUGUGGGUCUUGGUGCCUCGGAUGCUGAGGAAUGCAGCUGCCGCUGUAGAAACGGAGGAGAGAAUGCUUUGCUACAAGAGCUUCGCCUUCUUAAAAACAAAGUUGAAGAACUAGAAGGGGAGAAAUCUCAAUAUGAGAGGAAGCUCAAAGCCACAAAGACUGAGAUUGCCAAACUCCAACAGCUGCUUGCUACGAAAGAUGCAGAAAUCGAGUGUCUACAAAAUCAGCUUCUGUCCCGGGGAACCAUCAACAAUGACAUUACAGAGAGAGAGGAAGUGUAUAAGAGAAAGCUGAGAGACAAACAUCAAGAGUUGCAGAGGCUAAAAACUGGAAUGGAGACGCUCAUCGCUGCCAAUAAUGAGAAGGAUCGCCAUAUUGAGGAACUCAAUGUUCUGCUGGGCCAGUACAGAAAACUGAAGGACGGUUUGGCUCUUUCUCAAGUGAACAAUGAUUCAUUGCUGUGUGGCAGCAGUGAAGAGGAUCUUAGUGGCAAUCGAAAAAUAAGAGCCCUGACCCAUAAAGCAUACUCAGACAUCAUCAGAUCAGAGCUACAGAUGUCAUCCAGAGGUCCAUCUCCACUCCUGGUGUCUCCUCCAUGUCUACAGAGAGAUCUGGACUCCAGCAUUCGCAGUGUUCAGCCCUGCGUGAAGACCUCGCUGGUGUCCAUUGGCCAUUUGGGCUUUUACAGCAGACCAUGGUCACUGCAACGGAUGCUGUCCAGCAGUUUGGAGGAGCUCCAGAGCGGCAGCUUGCAGAUGCAUGUAGUGGAACGUCCAGUAGAAGCUGCUUUAGAGAACCGCUAUAAUCCAGAAAACAACAAAUACCAGACUCUGCCAGGCAAAUUGAAUCGUCCAGAUCAGAAUGGCUUGAGGCUUCAGUGUUCACCGCUGCUGAUCUCUCCUGAUGACAGUGAAGACAGUCAGUUCAACCUCAGGCCACGGGGCAAGCAUGAUCAGUUUGCUCUUGGAAAGACAGAGAAGACGGACGACUCGACCCUGUCUGACCUGUCGCCACUCUCAUCUGGAGUGGAGUCGGGACAGCAGUCGCCCAUCUCUCCAGAACAUAAGAAGAACCAGAAGGGCAUCCGAAAACUCUGGGGAAAGAUCAGGAGAACGCAGUCAGGCAGUCUACCAGCAGACUCUGAUUCAGACUUCAAGAGAGGAGGUUUCAGGGCCACAGCAGGACCAAGACUCACCUGUCUGGGCAUCAGCACUUCAUCACGUGACACAAACGCCCCCUUCUCGAAAUGGUCAUGUGAUCAGGUGUGUACAUGGAUGGAAGACUUUGGUUUGGGUCAGUAUGUGAACAUGGCUAGACAGUGGGUCACUAGCGGUCAGUCUCUUCUUUCAGCCUCCUCACAUGAGAUUGAAAAGGAGUUAGGAAUUAAACAUCCGCUACACAGGAAGAAGCUACAGCUGGCUCUGCACUCCUUCAGCUCCAAAAUCACAGAGAAAUCUUCUGAACUCGACUACAUCUGGGUCACACGGUGGCUUGAUGAUAUUGGAUUACCACAAUACAAAGACCAGUUUAAUGAAGGCCGUGUGGAUGGUAGAAUGCUGCAGUACCUGACUGUGAAUGAUCUUCUGUUCCUCAAAGUCACAAGUCAACUACAUCAUCUGAGCAUCAAGUGUGCGAUACACGUCCUACAUGUAAACAAGUUCAACCCCAACUGCCUCAAAAGAAGACCUGGAGAUGAGAAUAAGACAUCUCCUUCUGAGGUUGUUCAGUGGUCUAAUCAUCGAGUAAUGGAGUGGCUCAGAUCUGUUGAUCUGGCAGAAUAUGCCCCCAACCUGAGAGGUAGUGGAGUGCACGGAGGACUCAUAAUCUUAGAACCUCGUUUUAACUCUGACACCUUGGCGAUGCUUCUGAACAUCCCUCCUCAGAAGACUCUUUUGCGGAGACAUCUGGCCACCAACUUCAACACUCUGGUGGGCUCUCAGGCUCAGCAAGAGAAACAAGAGUACCUGGAGUCCUCAGGCUACACACCGUUGACCACCACAGCUAAAGUCAGGCCACGUAAAAUCGGUUUCUCCAGUUUUGGUCCACGUAAGAAGCGCUCGGAUGAUGCCACAGACUACAUCUGUCCUCUGGAUGCGUCCCAAGCCCAGGCUCUCAUGAACGGGGCAAACCGGCCCUACAGUGGCUUCAGGGGCCUGAGCCCAAUCUUCGACAGGGACCCCGAGAGAAGGGAGCAGGUGGGAGCUCUACAAAUCUGACGCUCCGCAAACCAAUAACCCUCCACCUAAAACCUCAUGAAACUCAGUGCCAUUUUAAAACACCCACAAUCCCUCAUUGGCAGAAUGAACAGUGCGGAAAGACUUGGUUUAGUACUGUAUGAAAACAUCAUCUCACGUGGGCAACAUGGUUUAGAAAAUGUUUUUCCUAAAAAUAGUGCCACUUCACCUUUGAUGGACAUAUGUUUGAUUUCAUUUUUCUUUUUUUGUGAAUAGUAAAAGAUUCUGUCUAACAAGUAUUCCAUUUUUGUAACCAACAUCUACUUUGUGCUGUUUUAAAAGACAGUGUGUACAAUCUUGUGCAAUAUUUGCAUGUUUUAGAGUUAUUUAAUGGUAUAUUUAUGGCAAGUUUUUAAGAGGCACACAGACUACUAUUAUAUGUUCAGAGGCAGCACAUUUUGACUAAUCCAAGUUUAUUUUUAUUCAGCAAAAAGCACAUUUUUAUAGGUGAAUAUCUCAUCUUUGCAUUUUAAGAUACUGUAAUUAUAUUUAAUCCAAAAUAUUGUGAAAUAAACACCUUCAGUCGGG